AGAUCCACCUGGUCCGGUGAACACAACAGUAGACACCGUUAUGUAACUUCACUGAGACCAAACUUUAAAGUACAGUUUGGUUAAAACAAGAACAAGGGGAUUUACUGCGGUUGAGAAUUAUUUCAUUAUUACCGGUGUCAUUAAAUAAAUUCAUGAAACAAAAGAAAAGACUAAAAUUAUAUUUUUUUUUAAAUAAAUAACUUCACGAAAUUUCCAGGGAGCAGUGUUUUUCAUUGUUUUAUUAACGGAUGUCGGAGGCCCAGUCUAACAGAUUCGUUGCAAAAUUUGGUGAAUAGAAAACACUACACGGAUAGAUUUUUUUAGUUACAUAACGACAUCAAUAGGCGAUGGUCGAAAGUUUUCUGGAUUUCUGUGGUGGUUCUCCACUCUGGAACGAGAGUCUGCUGACCGGGGGCUCCUACCCCCAGUUCACGCCAUGUUUCCUCAACACCGCCCUGGUCUGGGCGCCGUGCGGACUCCUCUGGGUCAGCGUGCCCCUGUACUUGACCUUCCUGAAGCUGGCACGCCGGGCUGACCCACUUCCUGUCCAGUUUUUAAACGUCCUCAAAACUAUCAUCUCACUACUGCUGUGUACUUUAUCCAUCAUCCAACUUGUGGAUCACACUAAUGAUGACGAUGUUUUCACGGCCCAGCUGGUAGCAGACGGCGUCAAACUGGCCACAUUCUUCCUCUCCAUCGUGAUCAUCCAAAUAGACCGCCAUUUUGGGAGGAUCAACUCACUGCCGCUGUUCUUCUUCUGGCUACUGAUGGCGGUCACCAACAUCGUCCCGUUCUACACCAACAUAGUGCAGGAGGUGUAUGAGAGCAAUGAGGUCCAGUUCGCCACACAGUGCUGUCUCUCUGUCCUACUCGCCGCCCAGUUCAUCAUCUUCUGCUUCGCGGAGAGACGGUUAAGGACCGGAUAUUAUGAUCUUACCAAGUCCACCACACCAUCACGUGAGCUGACCGCCUCCUUACCCAGCAUGUUUUCAUUUUGGUGGACAAACAAGCUGAUCUGGACAGGCUACAAGAAGACCUUGACCGAGGCUGACGUCAACGACCUUCACCCUGAGGACAUCAGCGAGUACCAGGUGCCAAAGUUUGAGAAAGCCUGGAGGAAAGAGGUGGAUAGGUGUAACGAGUACAACAAACAGUAUAUAGCUUUGUUCGGGGAACCCAAGUCCCGCUACUCCUCCAUAGAAAAAACUGUAAUUCUCCAAGCCAACGAGAAAACAAAACUGCUGGACAAAUACCGCGAUGAAAAGGAAAAGAAGGACGACUCGCCCCUGAAAAAACCGUCACUGGUUCGCGUCUUGUUUAAAGUCUACGGUCUAGAGCUCAUCUGUCUACAGUUGACAAGAACAUGUUUUGACUUACUGGCCUUCAUUACCCCAAAAAUUACUGAAGCCCUGUUGGCCUACAUCCAGGGGGAGAAACACGACUACGACAUCUGGAAGGGUUAUCUGCUGGCGGCAUCCUACUUUGUGGUCAGCACCAUCACCUCCAUCUGCACCAACCAGAUCCUCAACCGCAACAAACGGCUCGGCAUGCACAUCAAAUGUUCCAUCACGGCUGCCAUCUACAGGAAGGCUCUCACCAUCAGCAACGAUGCCAAGAAAGAAUCAACGCUGGGUGAGAUCGUUAACCUGAUGUCUGUGGACUGCCAGAGACUGGAGAACGUCAUGAACUACUGCUACAUCUUCUUCUCAGCUCCAUUCCAGAUCGCCAUAGCACUGUACAUGUUGUACGACCAAAUUGGGAUCGCUACUUUUGCCGGACUUGGUGUGAUUCUGAUCCUGAUGCCCAUGAAUACCAUCGUGUCAGUCACACUACGCAAGUACAACAGGCGCAUGAUGAAACUAAAGGACAGACGUAUUCGUCUGAUGAAUGAGAUACUCAAUGGCAUGAAGGUUCUCAAAGUGUACGGUUGGGAAGAAGCUUUUGAAAAGAAAGUUGCCACCUACAGGAAUGAAGAGAUUAAGUUAAUCUUUAAACUCUCUUUGGUCAUGGCAUCACUGAGCUUAAUCUUCCAAAUCAUACCGUAUUUUGUGCAAGUUGCAUCUUUCGGUGUGUUUAUUGCCAUCGACGAGUACCUGGACCCCAGCAAAGCUUUUGUCUCCAUCUCCCUCUUCAACAUCCUGACAGGUGCUCUCAGUAUGAUGCCAAUGGUCAUUCCAGCUCUUGUACAGGCCGGUGUAUCAAUCACAAGAAUUGUGGGAUUCUUCCGCCAGCCGGAUUUGAACCCAGAUGCCCGCACAUAUGACCCAGGAUCUGACGCCGCCAUCAAGAUAGAAAAUGGAACCUUCAAGUGGGACAACGUCAUGCCAGAACCUACGCUCAAAAACAUCAACAUCAGCAUCAAGCCUGGCAGUCUUGUGGCUGUUGUUGGCACUGUGGGCAGUGGCAAGUCUUCACUGCUGUCCGCCAUCUUGGGGGAGAUGACCAAGGUCAAGGGCAGGGUCACUGUCAGGCACAACAACAUCGCCUACGUACCUCAAGAGGCCUGGAUACAGAAUGCCACCUUACGUAACAACAUCCUGUUUGCUACUGAGCUCAAAUCCUCCCUGUACGAAAAGGUCAUUGACGCAUGCGCUUUAAGGUCAGACCUGGAGAUUCUACCAGGUGGGGACAUGACGGAGAUUGGUGAAAAGGGUAUCAACAUCUCCGGGGGUCAGAAGCAGCGGGUGUCCCUGGCCCGGGCAGUCUACAGCCGCUCAGACAUCUACUUGCUGGAUGACCCACUUAGCGCCGUGGACAGUCACGUGGGCAAGCACAUCUUCCAGGAGGUCAUCGGCAACAAGGGCAUGCUCAAGGGCAAGACCAGGGUGUUGGUGACCCAUGGUGUCCACUGGCUGCCCAUGGUAGACACCAUCCUAGUGCUGAAGAAUGGGGUGGUGUCUGAGAUGGGCACGUACGAGCAGCUGGUGUCACAUGAUGGGGAGUUCGCCCAGUUCCUGAAGGAAUAUUUUAUCCAGGAGGCUGAUGCUGUGUCGGAUGGUGAGGUGGAUGUCGUUGAGGACCCAGAGAUUGAGGAGAUGAAGAAGCAAGUCUUGACCAGGCUGGAAUCCAUCACAGGUGUGUCAUCAAACGACGAGGCUGGCAGAUCUCUGGACAAACAGUCGUACAGAAGAAAGCUGUCACUGACAGUGUCAGCACGGCGGGACAGCUGGACUGGGUCAGUCAGUCUGACGUCAUCACACAGGCAGGAGGCUCUGACGUCAUCACACAAGCAGGAGCGGUCAAUGAGCCAAUCAAUUGUCAGCAGGAGGGGCCGUGGUGGGGGAAGGGGGGAGAGGGGCCCACAUGGAGGAGAGAGGGGCCCACCGGGAGAGACAGGGAAGAAAGAGGGUGAGGAGAAGGGAGGGUUUGUUAGAGGUCAAAGGUUGGUGCUGGCAGAGACGGCAGAGACAGGUGGGGUGAAGAUGAAAGUGUACCUGGACUACAUCCGGUCCGUUGGUUCCUACUCCACCAUCUUCAGCUUCCUGUGUUACCUGGUCUACAUGGGCAGCAACAUUUUUUCUGGCAUCUGGCUCAGCCAAUGGACGGACGACACGUACCUGGCCAACAGAUCGCUCAGCAACACCACCGAGUACACGGACAGGACGAACUUGUACAUUGGGCUGUACGGCGGGCUCGGGGUCAUACAAGGUGUGUUCAUCUACACGUUCUCCUCCUCCUUGCUGGUCAAGACAGUGGUGGCCUCAAACGUGCUGCACAACUCUAUGAUGCACAACAUCAUGCGAUCACCCAUGUCCUUCUUUGAUACAACACCUACUGGUCGUAUCGUCAACCGUUUCUCUAAAGACGUGGACGUCCUGGACAACAUGCUGCCCAACGUCCUACGUCAGAGUGUCCACAGUAUGGGCCGGAUGUUGAUCUCACUCAUCCAGAUCUCCUACAGCACACCCAUAGUCCUGUGUGUCAUCGUGCCAGUCGUCGUACUCUAUGUUCUCAUGCAGAGAGUCUACAUCCCAGCCUCCCGUCAGAUCCGCCGUAUCGACUCCACCACCAAGUCCCCCAUCUACGUCCACUUCUCCGAGACCCUGAGCGGUGUGUCCAGUAUACGGGCGUACGGCGCACAGGACAGGUUCAACCAGCACUCGAUGGAUCUAGUGGACCACAACCUCAAGUUCUACUUCAGUAGCAUUGUGGCUACCAGCUGGCUACAGAUCCGCCUACAGUUUCUGGGCAACAUCAUCGUGCUGGCUGCAGCUAUGUUCGCUCAGGCUGACACUGGUCUCAGCGCUGGUCUGGCUGGUCUAGCUGUCUCUUACGCCCAGCAGGUGACCAAUGCCCUGUCACAAGUCAUCCAGGUGGCGACCCAAGCGGAGACAAACAUCGUGUCAGCUGAGAGAAUCUUGGAAUACUCGGAGUUGAAAAAUGAGGCACCCUGGAGCAACCCUGAGGUGAAACUACCUAAACCCUGGCCACAGGACGGUCAGGUCGACCUUGAUGACCUUCAGAUCAGGUACAGGGAGGGUCUGGAACUGGUCCUGAAAGGCAUCACCUGUCAGCUGAAGGCUGGUGAGAAGGUCGGCAUAGUGGGCAGGACAGGGGCGGGUAAAUCUUCCCUCUCUGUGGCACUCUUCCGUCUGGUGGAGCCAGCAGCAGGUACACUGUCUAUAGACCAGCAGAACAUCUCACAGAUUGGUCUACACGACCUGCGCAAGAACAUCACCAUCCUGCCGCAGGAUCCUGUGAUAUUCUCGGGCACCCUGCGCAUGAACCUUGACCCAGCCGAGCUGUUCACAGAGAACCAAUUGUGGGAGGCCCUAGAACACGCCCACCUCAAGGACUUUGUCCUCACCCUGCCUGCAAAGCUGGACUACGAGUGUGGGGAGGGCGGGCAGAACCUCAGCAUGGGCCAGCGUCAGCUGAUCUGUCUGGCACGGUGCCUGCUGAGAAAGUCCAAGAUCCUGGUGCUAGACGAGGCCACGGCUGCCGUUGACAUGGAAACGGACGAUCUCAUCCAGAAGACCAUCAGGUCAGAGUUCAAGGCCAGCACCGUCCUGACGAUAGCCCACAGACUCAACACCAUCAUGGACUACGACAGGGUCAUCGUGAUGGACAGGGGGUUGAUCAAAGAGAUGGACACGCCCCAAGCCCUGCUCAGCAACCCCGAGUCAGCCUUCUACUCCAUGGCAAAGGACGCCAAUCUCGUCUAAUGGGCGUGGCCAAUCUGGUCGAGUGGGCGUGGUCACUGUGGUGUAAUGGGCGUGGUCACAAUGUGGUCGUGUCUUUGGCCCAACGUGUGGUCUAUUGUUAUUCUGCGCCCAUUGCCACUAUUACCAGAAUCUGGAUUACCGAAUGCAGAGGUAGUCUGAAGUUAUUUACAUGACAAGAAUGUUACUAAAU